UGUGCACAUACAGGCUGAAUAGACACUAGAUGCCGUUAUUUUUAGCCUCCAUCAUCACGCUGUUUGGUUUUUGCGCUUUCGCGUGAUCUUUGCUUAUAGUUAUAAUAAUAAUAUUAAUAAUACUGCUAAUAACAUUUUUUUUAACAGUAAGGAGUUCGUCAGAUCUCUAUGGCAACAUCGACACGUCGUAGCAUCACUGAUCGGCGACGGGCAGGGCCGCUCUUAUCGCAUAUUUAUUUAUUUCCCCGUCCCUCGUGCGCGCGCGCCGCGACGUUGUGGGAAACGUGAACGCGCCCGGGCUGGAAGGCUUUCACCCACCCAUCAUGGAUUAGUCCUCGCGCGCGCAAAAAAAAAACAAAAAAAACAAAAAAAAACAAAAUACUCCAUCAUAAGGCUCUGAAAGCUGAACAUGUCCACUCCGAGUGAGCUCAAGCCUCCGUGUGUGACGCGGAACGGCAUGGUCAAGCUGCCUCCCCAGCCCAACGGCCUCGGCUCGGCCAGCAUCACCAAGGGCACACCGGCCGCCAAGAACCGUCUGUGCCAGGCGUCCUCAGUGCCCCCGAGCCUGCCGUACCACUUAGAGCCGCUUCCCAUGGCCGCCGAUGCCAGGCAGUACGCUAAGCUGGAGAGGCAGCUGGCCCUCGAUGAGAAGGUGUUAAACCGGCUGCUGUGGUACUUCACCACAGCUGAGAAGUGCGCUCUGGCCCAGGUGUGUAAAACAUGGCGUAAAGUCCUGUACCAGCCCAAGUUCUGGGAGGGCGUGACCCCCGUCCUGCACGCCAAGGAGCUCUAUAACGCGCUGCCCAACGGCGAGAAGGAGUUUGUGAGCCUGCAGGCGUUCGCGCUACGUGGCUUCCACUCCUUCUGCCUGGUGGGCGUCUCUGACCUGGACAUCUGCGAGUUCAUCGACAACUACCCGCUGUCCAAGAAGGGAGUAAAGUCACUCAGCCUGAAGCGCUCCACCAUCACGGACGCAGGGCUCGAGGUGAUGUUGGAGCAGAUGCAGGGCCUGCUACACCUGGAGCUUUCGGGCUGCAACGAUUUCACCGAGGCGGGCCUGUGGUCGAGUCUGAACGCUCGGCUCACGUCGCUGAGCGUCAGUGACUGCAUCAACGUGGCCGACGAUGCCGUGGCGGCUAUCUCGCAGCUCCUACCCAACCUGUGCGAGCUGAGUCUGCAAGCGUACCACGUGACUGACACGGCAAUGGCCUACUUCACAGCCAAGCAGGGCUGCACUACGCGUACGCUUCGUCUUCACUCCUGCUGGGAGAUCACCAACCACGGCGUGGUGAACAUGGUGCACAGCUUGCCCAACCUGACCGCGCUCAGCCUCUCAGGCUGCUCAAAGAUCACAGACGACGGCGUUGAGCUGGUGGCUGAGAACUUGCGCAAGCUGCGGAGCCUCGAUCUUUCCUGGUGCCCACGCAUUACAGACGCUGCACUCGAGUACAUCGCUUGCGAUCUGCACAAGCUUGAGGAGCUGGUUCUCGACCGGUGUGUGAGGAUCACAGACACAGGCCUCGGGUACCUCUCUACCAUGUCCUCACUUCGCAGUCUCUAUUUACGCUGGUGUUGUCAGGUCCAGGACUUUGGCUUGCAGCACUUGUUUGGUAUGAGGAGUCUUCGUCUUCUUUCUCUAGCAGGCUGCCCCCUGCUGACCACCACAGGCCUCUCCGGCUUGAUCCAGUUGCAGGAUCUGGAGGAACUGGAGCUGACCAACUGCCCCGGCGCCACGGCCGAGCUCUUUAAGUACUACUCCCAGCACCUGCCGCGCUGCAUGGUCAUCGAGUAGAGACGAUGAAGAGCCUGCACCCUCCUCAUCAUCGAAAAUACCUUCCUCCUUCAGACGAACGAAACAGACUGAUGACUAAACCCCCAAACUCAUCUUGAAACCCAUGAGGGGAAUCGACGGAUAAGGAAAAGGCGGAGUCGAAGAUGAGGCAGCGCAAGAGGAAAAAGGGAAGCUGGUCGGAAUAUUCCGGAUAUUUCCGAUGUAUUCAUUGGCUUCGGCUGAUGUGCGAAAGUGACAUGAAAGCGAGCGACACGAUCCGAGGUGUCAAGCUUCCAUCACAACCAUCAGCCUUCACACACGAAACAUGAACCAUGAACCAUGAAGCGAAAUAAAACCUUUUCAUCUUGCCAUUUUUCUUUCUUGGAGCGAAAAACGCUUCAUGCUGUGAACUCCGGAAAAACAAGACAAAGAGAAGCUACGAAAAGAAAGAACGUGAAAGAAACUGUCCCUCUUUGCUAUAUUUACACUCCGUUUAGUGAAGUCGCCUCUGAGAAAAUAAAAAUACUCAAAUUAUUAGCCGUGAACAGCCGCGUAGAUUUUUUUUUUCGCGUCAGCGCUGUACGCUUCCUUACUUGCGCUUCGUUGUCAUGCCGUUCCUCUUGUGUUCCUUCGGAAAUCUUAUUUUUCUAAACCGAUAUUUUGAUGAGGAUUACUGUGAAAUGACUGCCGGGAACGUUUGGGAAUAAAAUAGGAAUCCAGAUUUGAUGAAGGAUUUUUUUUUUUUCGGAGGGAGUACUUCACUGUACGUGUACAGUAGAUUUUCCAUCAAGCUCGGCCAUUUUAUGACUUUUGGUGAAUUCUGGUGUUGAUCUUAGUGACGCAGGUUUUCAGUAUCAAUCCUCCGCUAACAUGAAGACUUGUUGCAAUGCAGCUGCUACUGUAGAACCUAAACACGGACAAAAUGCAUGGUGCAGUUUUCCAUCAUUUUAGACUUUUUUUUUCAGCUCAAAAUAAUAUUUACUCAAAUGUACGGAUCGACGUGGAAACUGUAGAUAUUUAUAACUCUCAAUAACCACAGGCCUGCUUUCAAAACGCUCGUUUUUCAGUCCGGUUUGACGGUUUACACUGCGUCUGUGCCUCUCUCAGGCCAUCACCAGGUACAGAUACUGUAUACACACACACACACACACACACACACAUACACACACGACGCUGAAGUUUGUACCCCCCAGCUUGGCUUUCAAACCCUGUUUCACGCCACCAUGAUGACAUUUUGUGCGAUUAAAUCAUCUCUAAUGUUACUGUAGAUAAUAACAGCGUUACGAAAUAGAAAUUAAAGGUACGAGAGCAGUUUUUAUUUUUUAUUUCCUUUCUGAAUGAACAGUUUGUUCGAGCUCUGCGCGUGCUACACUGAUGCUGUGUGGCCAAAAAUGAGAGUUCAUUCUCUAGUUCUUUCUUUCUUUUUUUCUGUUUACUUCUCUCACUCAGGCACUUUGUUUCUCUUUCUUUUUUCCUUUUCUUUUUUUCUUUAAUUUUUUUUUUAUCUUUCUCAUUGUUUAUCUCUGUUUCAGAUUUUCUCACAUUUUUCUUUCUGUUCCAGUUUUACUUUUCCUUUAUUUUGUGCUUUAUUUUUCUCUUUCUUUCUUUCUUUUGUAAUUCAUAUUUUUUAAAUUUGUUUUCUCGUUUUCUUUUUUUCUGAUUUUUGAUUCUCUUCCCUUUUUAGUUUUUUUUUCACGUAAUUGCUUUCUUUCUUUUUUGAUAUUCCAACUUUUUUCCUUUUCUCUGUCAUUGUUUUUCCUUUCUACUUUUCUCAGAUUUUUUCUUUCUUUUUUUUCUAUUUUUUCUUCUUUCACUUGCUCACUUUCUUCUUCUUUUCUUUCAUAUAUUUAUUUAUGAUCAGAAUUUUACGCCGGGUUACGAGCAGGAAGUACGUUACUGUACGAUUAAAUAAGUUACGCUACAGCUUUAUUAUUUUUCUGCACAAAAUGUGACGAUUAUUAAAAAAAAGACACUGUGACCCCAAGGCUUCAGGCACUUAAGGUCAUAAACUGCUUUCUCUUGAACCUUUUAAACCUUUGUACUUUUAUGACGACUCACCUUGGCAAAGGUCAAAGGUCAAACGCGGUACUAAAGCCAGAUCGUACUAAAGCCUGAUUCAUCUUCAAGCUCUGAGAUUCAUAUUUAUUUAUGUAUUUUACUACUUAAGGUUAAUUUAUUGACUUGAUGCGUAUAUUUAUUUAUUUAUUUAUUCACUGAAAUGAAGAAGAUAGUCUAUGAGGUUGCGUUUUUUUUUUUGUUUUUUUUUGCACGAUGUGUUUGAUUCCAAUCAAAGACGAAAGAGCAGGGAACAUGAAGAGCUGCUUCUAAACGGCAGGGUUUAAUUUUUUAAAAUGAUUUUACUUUAUUUUUUAUUUUUUUGAAAAAAAAAAAAAAUCUGGUGAUUAUUUCUUGUUAAGGAGCUACGCUGACACCUGGUGGAAGAAUUUUAGGGAAGAUGGAGAGUUUUGGCACCAAAAUGGACGUCCUAAAAUGACUUUCCUCCAAAAGAACACUGAGGUUAAAUUUAGUGACAGAGGUUAGCGUGGAUUUUUUUUUUAAAAAAAUUAUUUUAUUUUAACCGUGUUGCAGUAUUUACACAUCCACCAGCUCUCUGUAUAGAUGAGAACAGAAGUUCUGUGGAAGUUCUUCCAUUAUGCUAUCCCUCCAUCCAAUAAAAAUAAAAUACAGAGUUACUUAUUAAUAUAUCGCUGAGGAAAAUUAUAUAAAAACUUGGAGAUGUUGUAUUACACUUGUAAAAAAAACAAAUAAUGUAGUUUUUACUGCGAACCAAGCUGUUUUCCUGGAGCGAGAGUUUGGAAUGAUGGUGUUUAGCAGAACCUUCAAUAUUAACUUUUUUUCUUCGACCCUAAUCUGUAUAUAAGGAAGGCUUGGGAUCUGUUGGGACAUGCCAAAUAAAUGUUUGUGGGCUUGAUAUGCAAAAAAAACCCUAAUUAAUGUCUCGAAGUGAUGAAUUGCAUCAGCUGUGGAUCGUAGAAACCAGUCCUGCUAUGUACAAUAUUAAAAGACAUGCUAACAUGGGCUAUGUGCAAGCAUAGCAUCAGGUGUGUGUUGUGUUUGGCAAAAAAAAAAAAAAGUGUGCUGUCUACUUUGUAUAAGUGAGUUACAAACAUAACACACUUAAAAAUACACACUCAAAUUCUUAUAUAUAGCGUGUCCCAAACACUAGUGUUUAACCUACAAGUGCUUAGCAGAGCUCAAGCUAACAAAUAACAGAAAAUAAUUUUUUUUUUUAAAAAUGUCUUUGAGUAGAGUGUACAUAAAUACUGACCCGAAACAUUUUUCAUUUUCUAAUUAGCUGUUCAUGGUAAGGGUCAUGGGAAAGCUAGCCAAUUACGACAUAUAGUUACAGCUGGGUGCAAAAGUUUGCACCCCCCAUGGGUUUCGAAUGGGAAAAGGCUAAAUGUACGUCAAUUUUAGGAUUUAUAUACAAACAACAGAAUUUUGAAAUUCUACAUAUGAAAUGUGGGUGUUUCCUGUAACAAGACUAUAAUCCAAAACAUGAGCCAAACUCAACAGAAAAAUAACUUGACAUUUUUUUUAUCGUGAUUCCUGUCAGACUCCAGACCUGAACUGAGGAUGAAAUUUGUGACGGAGUUGUAACAGAUAUCAGGAAUAACAGGCUAUGAUGAUGAAAGUUACAAUUCUAAGGUUCGAAAUGCUGUUUAGAUGAUAUUAAACACCUUGAAGGUGGUUUUAAACCAAGUACAAGUUAUUAGGGAAUACAUGCAGAAACUGAAUUUUUUUUUUUAUUCAAAUUUAACUUAUUAACAUUAACAGUUUUGUUACUUGUGAUAAUUAAGGAACUUCUGUAAAAUAUCAUGCUAAUUGCUAAAUUGUAACCCUUGGUUUUCUAAAGGUGUGCAAACUCGUACACUGAACUAACUUUAUACCUUGUUUAAUUCCACAAUCCAACUUGCACCUUGAUGCCAGUUCUCAGUGCUGAAACUAAUGUCUCCCAAUGCAUUAUGGGAACACACAGCUACCUAACCUGAGUCUAUGUUCACACUAGCAAGCAAAAAGUCACUCGAGUUGACUGUAUUUUUUUUUUCUUGUGCAGAAUUUUUUUCUGAAAUUGUAGUAGCUAUAUAUAGAUACUAAAAGCAACUAGCUAAACACAAAUUACCAAAAAUAAUCAGUGUGAAAAUUGUUUGAUGUUAGUAUUACAUGCUCAGCUUCAUACAGGAACAUGAACAGUCACUUUUUUUGCUUGCUAUUGUAAAUGUUGGAUUAAAUUUGAACAGAUGAUACUAUGUGCCAUAAGUCUAGCAUACAUGAACAGACGACAUGAAAUGACGGUGAUCUGGAUAUGAAAAUAUCAAGAGGAGGAACUGAAGCAUCUUCCGAGUAAAACAUCUUAAACAUAAAACUCAGCAUGAAGAGUUUAUCGCUUGCAGCACACUAGCUAGGUGAGGAGAAAAAAUUUACAGAAUGAAAGAACAGCUCUUAGGUUCAAAUAUGUUGUUCUUGAUGAUUAGCGCUAUCAGAGAUCGACAAUGAGAGAUUCUGAUGCAAUGAAAACAAAAAUUUUACUCAACACAGCAACUCAACUUGAUCAAGCUCACUGAUACUGUUAGCUAAUUCACCGCAUUUAAAAUGAACUUGCUAAUGUUAUAAAGAACAAGUUCAAUAGCGUAAACAUAUGAACACCCACAUGUGCACUUUUCAUGACCACGAUUAGGAGGCAAAUAAAAUGUUCCAUGGUUCAUUUUGGUAUCGUUAUCAGUAUCCUAAAAAACGUACACAAACUCAUACUCAGUCCAAAAAACUGGUAGCGAUGCAUCUCUAAUGUGAACCCUUGAAAAUACUGAAACAAGCUUCAAUCUUAUAGUAUGUACACUAGCUAGUGAUGAAGUCUGGUGUUUGGGACACGGCCAUAAUCGUUAUAGAAAAGCUCCAGAUGCAUGAAUCUGUUCUAUAGAUAAGAAACCUGACUGAUGCUGUACAUUUAAUCGAUCAAGCCUCCAGUGAUGAUGGAAGUCCACCAUCUGAAACACUAAUACCAGAUCUGCUCUUUCUCCCACCUCAAACACGUAUGUAAUUCUACAUUGUACACGUGCCGCUAAUGUAAUUACUAACUCUACCAUUCGCACAGGGUCUCUGACGAAAGCUUCGCUUUUUGUUCACGGUGUGAACGCCCGAUUGCGUGACUGUGGCUAAUAAAACGAUGUCUGCCUCACACGGACCAGCUCUCCGACAUCCAGCACUUCUCAGUCAUCAGAAUGAAGCUUUUGUUUUAUUAUUAUUAUUAUUAUUAUUAUUAUUAUUUAUUUCCUGUAAAUAAUGCUGUAGUGAAAGAAAAAAAAACGUUUCUCAUGGCUGCAGUGCCUUGUCAGACAUGCGUUGUCGUUUUUUCAAAAUGGUUUGGUUCCAGUCUGCACCGUUUUAGUAAAGGUUGUACAAAAGGAAACACGGCUCUGUGUGGUUGAUUGAUACACACACACACACACACACACACACACACACACACAAACAAUGUCUUUAAUUAGAACUUCUCAUUGAAAACUGUGCAUGAUAAAAUAUGAUGCAGGUUUGCGAAUUAUCUGUGCUAACUGCUAUCUGAAUUUUAAAAACUUUAAUAUUUCACGUCACACAAAUUUCACUUUAAUAAUAAAACAAAAGCCUUAACUCCAUUUAUAAUGGAAGUCUAAGGGCAGUUGUUCAAUUCCGUCAAUAAUCUUUUUCAAUCUACAAUCUACAAAGUCAAAGCUACAGCAAUAAACAUGUGAGGGUGAGACGGACAUGAAAGAACAUCUUACCAGAACUGUUUUAAUGUAAGGUCAGUGUCAUGCUGUUUUAGGAAAAUAAUCAACGACAGAGUGGUAUGAUGGAGCUGUGUUACUGUUACUACCCUGAAGUUGAAUAUUUUUCAAUAACACCAUGUCCUGAAGUGAUUUAUUUCUCUUACACCACAGUAAUUUCCCAAUGAUUACAAUGUUUUAUUUAUUAAAGAUCAACACACUGCACUUUUUAUCCCAUUAUAGUUACAGUUUACAGUAUGAUGUGGAAGGUCCAUGAAACAAGUUCGUUCCUAUUCUGACUCACAUUAUAGCAGUUAUAAAUUGUUGUUCCCUCACAGUUUCUCUUGAAGUUAAUAAGACAAAAAAAAAAAAAAAAAGAUUGUAAAGUGUAAAUGGACAACUUACAGAGUGUUACAAAACAGUAAAUUAAACACUGUUACCUUCACUCGGGAUGCAGCAAUGUACAGGUCAAUAAAAUAGUUCAUAAUCGUCUGACCAAUAAUCAGUCCUGCCAGAUUUGUAGAGGUUUUGCGCAUUUUCU